AUGGAGACCUUGCGAGCGCAGCGACUGCAGCCUGGAGUGGGCACCAGCGGGAGGGGCACUCUGCGAGCGCUUCGGCCCGGAGUGACUGGGGCCGCGGCUGCCACCGCCACACCCCCAGGGCCUGGGCUGCCGCUGCCCCCGGGCGCCGCAGGCAGCCCUGUGGUACUGCGGGAGGCCGUGGAGGCCGUGGUGAGAAGCUUCGCCAAACACACGCAGGGCUAUGGCCGAGUGAAUGUGGUGGAGGCACUUCAGGAAUUCUGGCAGAUGAAACAGUCACGAGGGGCUGACUUGAAGAAUGGGGCCCUAGUGGUUUACGAGAUGGUUCCCGCCAGCAGUCCUCCCUAUGUCUGCUACGUCACCCUGCCUGGGGGAAGUUGCUUUGGGAGUUUCCAGUUUUGCCCCACAAAAGCUGAAGCCCGGCGGAGUGCUGCAAAGAUUGCACUAAUGAACUCUGUGUUUAAUGAACAUCCUUCCCGAAGAAUCACUGAUGAGUUCAUUGAGAAGAGUGUCUCUGAGGCCCUGGCAUCUUUCAAUGGCAACAGGGAGGAAGCUGACAACCCAAAUACAGGGAUUGGUGCUUUUCGAUUCAUGUUGGAAUCCAACAAGGGCAAGUCAAUGUUGGAGUUUCAGGAGUUAAUGACAGUUUUUCAACUGCUGCACUGGAAUGGCAGCCUUAAGGCCAUGAGGGAAAGACAGUGCUCUCGGCAGGAAGUGUUGGCUCAUUAUUCACACCGAGCCCUAGAUGAUGAUAUUCGCCACCAAAUGGCAUUGGACUGGGUGAGCCGGGAGCAGAGUGUGCCAGGGGCACUGUCUAGAGAGCUGGCCUCUACUGAGCGGGAGCUGGAUGAAGCCCGGCUGGCAGGCAAGGAGCUGCGCUUCCACAAGGAGAAGAAAGAUAUUCUCAUGCUGGCUGCUGGGCAGUUGGGCAAUAUGCAUUCCUCCAACUGCUAGGCAUCUACCCACAUACUCACAUCAUCUCCAGGCCCAUUUUUUGUAUGUCCUUUCUAAGACUUAGUGUGAUUUCUGUACAUACUUUCUCAAUUUUAUACUUUAAAAUAUAGAUAUAUAUAUAUGUGUAUGUAUAAAUUCUACACCUAGAUUCCUAUUUGUUGAGAUAUCCCUUUUCUUACUUCUAGUUUUUGGAUGUAGUUGCUUUUGAAACAUAUCCACACUGCUUUACAAGAGCAGGCUGUCUUCAGAGCUUUGUGGGCUCUUAUCCUGCCAGUAACUGUGUAGUCAUUUCAAUAGCACAAAAUGACUUACUAGAUGUUCAUGUCUCCUUUUAAAAUAACAAGGAGCUUGAAUAAGGACUGUGAGCCCCACCCUUAUCCUCAUUCCUGCUUUCUCUUGGACCAAACAGAGCAUGAAAAUGAAAACUUGGCUUUGUUUUUUUUUUUUUUUUGGCUUUGGUUUUAUCUUGAGCUGGGCCUACUUGGUACCAAGUUGUUCCCUCAGUAACUAGGUUACUUCAUAACCUACACCACACACUACCACCUUACUCCUCUUCUGCCUACAAACGGUACUUUAUUUUAGGGCUUCCUCACUUUAUUAUUUGAAAGGAAGUGGAGAGCUGGUGGUUUCUUAAUUUUAAAAUCAUCGCUGAGAAACUUCCCAGGAACAAGAGAGGAAUUAUAAACACAGCCUGCAGGGGUUUAUCACCUGUGUUGCUUCUGGGGCAUAGAUACCAUACCAUACCAGAAUAUAUUGAAGGGGUAAGGGUUGAAGUUACUUAUCUUUCAAUAUUCUCUUUUCACUCCUCCUCCCUGCUCACCAAGCUCAGUUAAGCCCUGUCUAUAGAUCUUCCUGCUGCAAAGAUUGGUAGAAGGUAAAACAUAUUUCCCUUUCUUAAAAACCUCCUCCCAUCAUUUUGGUUUUUGGAAACAUCUGUCCAAUUUGGUGAGGGCUAUGCUCCUCCUACUCCCAUGAAGUGGCUACUGUUUAUGACCUUAAAUGUAUAUAACUAGAUUCACAUUGGUGUUCUUCUUUUCUUUCCUCUUCCUCCAAAAUGAUUAUUAGAGCAUGAGCUGAUCAGGAAAAUUAGAAGAUACUUUGGCAUUAUGGCACUUCCUAAUGGGAACCAUGAGAAACUCCAGGAGGGGAAAGAGAAUCAGUGAUCAGCUACUUAUGUUUUUAAUAUGAAUACUAUUCUCUUCCCCUACCUCUUCCCUGGGUAAAACAGGAGAAAGAUGAUCUGGAGUAUAGCUAAAGCAUUCUCCUUUGGGAGAAUUUUUUGUACAUUUCUCUAAGAUAUAUUUUCUUCUUGUUUCUGUAAUCACCUUAUACUGUAUUAUAGCUCAGUGCACUUCCUAAACUGAGUUUGGGAAAUUUAAUAUUCCUGCAAUUACACUUUCCAUUUAACAAUUAUACACUUUGCUUUUAGAAAUAGGUUAGGAAACAGGCUACAAUUUGCACAUUUGGAUCAGAUAGGGAAAAGAUGAAAGUCAGCUUUCUUGCUUUUGAAAUUAUCUUAGUGACCAGUAUAUAUGGGAUCAGAGGUAAGGAAUCUUUAACAACAAUUGUAUUAGUACUUGAAAGGGAUUUCCUUGAAUUCUCCAAGCCCUAUCUCUGUAUUCUUUUCCAUGAACACAUGUAAGGCUGGAACAGAGGCUUCUUACUUUUAAAUAAUAAGUGUGUCUAUUCAGUUUUUAUUUAUGUUUAUAAUCCAGAAAUCACAAACCCUCAUUUCUCCUUUGCUGUUUUCUCUGGGAAGGGGUGUGAGUUAUGGAAAGAACUUGUCUUUGCAUCUCCUUGAUUAUUUUUCUCAAAUACCAACCAGUACGAUCCCAAAGAACUUGAGAAAAAUUGUUCCCUGAUAUGUCCACUUUGGGUGUUAAAUUUUUACUUAUCUUUUUAGUACUCUCUAUGUAUUUUAUAUGUAUAAUUUUAUACAAUUAAAAAUAGAUUUUUGUCUAGUGAGCCAUAUUGACUCUUUCUUGAGACCCAUGUAUCAGAGAAAUUCUAAAAUGACCCUUUCUCUUAAAAAGUUCAAAAAAGAACUUUUCUUAGUAUUUUUAGGGUGGAAGAAAUAAGAUUAUAUUGCUGGGAGAUGGCAUAUGCUUCCCCUUCUCCAGAUAUUUGAGGAGCCUGAAUUUGGUUCUUGACCCUUUCUCCUCAAGUUCUGCCCUUUUCCCCUAGCAGUCACACCCACUGCGGUGGCUUAAACUCUAUCAAACACAUAAUUCUCAAACCUGUUCCUUCCACCUCAACCUCUUUUGAGCUUUUACAUCUGUAUUUCCACAUAUUGCAUAUUACCACCUGAAUGACACAAGCUCUUUGAUCUUAUCUAAAAUAAAAUCCAUUUCUCUAUACAUGCUCCUCUUUGACUCCCAUUACUGAAAUUACUGCCCAGUAAUCUAAGCUAGAACCUCAAUUCUCCUUGAGAUCCUUCAAAAAAUAAAAGAUAUCCUGCAUUUCCUCUUUGCCAUCAUCUAAUCAAUCACUUACUGUUGAGUUUACCCCUAUAUAAACUUCCUAAUCUAUUUUGUACAUAUCUACUGUCUUCGUUCAUUCCUUUAGCAUCUCAGGGCUGGACCACUGCAACAGCUUCCUAAUUAUCUCUGCCUUCAUUCUUCACAUCCUCUACAUUACUAUCAGAUUUAUUUCUAAAAUACUUAUCACUGUACCACUCCCUUGCUUAAACUAUCAUCUAGCUAUCUUUACCUUUAGCAGAACUUCCCAAAGUUUUAUAUGUGAACCUUUGGCAUUAUCUGACAAGAUUUUAGGUGGUAGAUGGCCAAAUAUUUUUCAUUUUUUACUAGUUAUGCUUUUAUCUGAAUUUGUAAUAGAAAAGUAUGGUCUCCACUGAUGGCAGUGAUAUUUAAACAGUAUAAAUUUGUUUGGUGCUUCCCUGAUAGCUCAAUGGUAAAGAAUCCUACCUGCAAUGUGGAAGACCCAGGUUCAAUUCUUGGGUUGGGAAGAUCCCCUGGAGGAGGGCAUGGCAACCCACUCCAGUACUCUUGCCUGGAGAAUUCCAUGGACAGAGGAGCCUGGCGGGCUACAGUCCAUGGGGUUGCAAACAGGUGGACACGACUAAGCAACUAAGCACAGCACAGCAGGUAAAUUUAAAAUGCCAGUCUAUUUAAGGAAAAAGAGAAAUCAAAAAUAUUAUGGUGGCUACUUGCAAAUGUUAAAAAUUAUGAAUACUAAAAUAUUGAAUUAGAAAAAUUUCUUGCCUAUAGGGUACGUUAAAAAUUUUUAGCAUGACAUACAGUUUGACCCUAAACUGUAUUUCCAACUUUGUUUCCUAAUUAGACAGCAUCAGGCAUAAAAAAUUUCUUGCCCUCCUGAUAUUCAUUGGAUAUGUAUUUAGCAAUUGUCUACUAUGAAUCAGGCACUGGUCUGAACUUUGAGGAUAUAGUUAUAAAUAAGAAUCUCUGCCAAUGAGAAAGACAGACAGUAAACAAACUAGAAAGUAAACAGUAAUUCAAGAUUUGAUUUUAAGUUCUGUGAAGGAAAUAAGAGUGAAGGAUAGAAUAGAGAAGACUCCUUUGGGUGACAGCAGUAUUUCAGGGAGACCUACAGGAUGGGGUUGAACCAGCCAUGUGAAAAGCUGGAGGAAGCUCAUCACCGACAGAAAGUUACAAAAUGUCCAGAGAUAAGAAAGUGUACAACAUAGUUGAGUAUAGAGAGUAAACAUAAUUGAGAAAAGUAUAGUAAAGUAAUAGGUGAGAGGGAAGAAUGGUGGUGAAACAGUCUGGAGACAUAGGCAGAGCAGGCUGUGAGUCUGAAUUUUAUUCUAAGUGCAAAUAAUAAGUUAGGGAGAUUUCAGUAGAGAUGUGACUUUUUUUUUUUUUAAAGAUCAUACUAUGUGCUGUAGAGAAUGGAUUAAUAUGUCUUAGUCUCAAUACAACUGUUUUGCCUGGAAAGCAAAACAGCCUUACAAGCACAGUUUAAAUGGAAGCCCUCCCUUAAAUGCACUCUCCUUAUUUCCAGUCCUAUUAGAAACUUGUAUUGCUGUAGUACCUUGUAAUAGCAAUGAUCACUUUCAUAAUGUUAUUAUAAAGUGAUUGUUGAUACUGUAUUUCCCCUUGUAUUGCUAGCACCUCUUCUAAUAUUAGACACAUAUAGGCAUUCACAACUGAUUUAAAAAUUAAUAAAUAAGUGACUACUUAUCCACUA